AAAUACCCAAAUGACUCAAAUAAAGCGUGCCAAGACUGUGACUCAACAUGUAACGGCGAUUGUAACACAUCAAGUGGUAUUUGUAAUAUGUGUUCAUACAAUUAUGUUUUCAAUGAACCAAAAGGAAGAACUUGUGUGCCAUGUGCUACAUUUGACAGUCAUUGUGUGACUUGUGCUUCUGAUUAUUCACGAAGGUGUGUGACGUGUUCAAAUGGGUAUUACCCCGACUCAAAUGGAAAGUGUGUUGCGUGCUCAACAAUAGAUAGCAAUUGCAACACUUGUAAUAAUACGGAAAAGAGUUGUUUCGGUUGCAAAGACCCGUAUCACCUCUCAAAUCAAAAGUGUCUAUCUUGUGAAGCUGGAACUUACAAAAAGACGGAGACUACAUGCGACAAGUGUUACAAUGCUAUUUUGAAUUGUAAGAACUGUGGAACGGCUUCUGUUGGCAAUGCGAAGUGUAAUGAGUGUUAUCCCCCAUACACUUUAAGUUCAAAUGGUAAAAGUUGUGACCUAUGUGAUUCAACGUCAUAUUAUGACAAAACAACAAAUCGUUGUGUAAAUAGAAAUACAACUUGUGCUGUACAAAUUGAAAGCACCAAAUGUGUUCAUUGCACUGAUGAUUAUUUUGUGUCAAAUGGGAAGUGUAAAAGUACUCAAAACUGCAACAGCCCAUCGAGUCUGUCACCGGCGUCAUGUGAUUGUUCAGACCAGAUUUCGAUUAAUUCCGAUUGUGCGUCAAUUGCUGCAAAUUGCAAAUAUCAGAAAACGAUGAAUACUAUUUCAACGUGUUUUGUGUGCACAGACAAUUUUACUUUAUCACAAAAUACAUGUAACAAAAUAGAAUCAAAUGAAAUGUAUAAAAAUGGUGUUCAGUACAGUUGUUUAGAAGGUCAAUAUCUUAACAAUAACAAUGUAUGCGAAGUGUGUCCAAAUUCAGCUUCAAUUUGUAUUAAUAAUGGAAAUAAUACCUACACAUUGAAAUGCACACAAAACACAGUCAAAGAUGUUGGGACAGAGCAAUGUGUAACGGAUGAGAUGUGUUUGCAAUAUACAGACGAUUACUGCUCUCAAUGCAAGUCGGUGUCAUCACAAAUCAGCAACGGAAUAUGCACAUCCUGCCAAACACCAAAUUGCAAAUUUUGCGAAGGAAACAAGUGCAAGCGAUGUGCCAACGACUAUUUGAUGGUCAAAGAAAAUCAAUGCGUUUCUCAAAGUGACAAAAACUGUGACAAGUCGAGUGUGUCUGGCUGUGUGAUGUGUUCAAGUGGGUUCUAUCAAGUUGACUCUUUGAACAUAGAAGGUAAAUUCGAUUUCUGUCUUCCAAUAUCUCCAUCACUAUAUCCAAAUUGUAAACGACUUGCUUUUUCAACGAGUAAAUGUGUAGAAUGCAACGAUUUGUUUAAAUUGAAAAGUGGGGUGUGUAAAGAAUUGUUCGAAGAUGAAGCUCCUGUUGUUCCACCAGAAACAGAACUUCCAGUGUCUGUUAUAUCCAACUCCAAUUUUAAAUAUUCACUCAAUUUGAAAGGAGUUAUUGAGUCUAAAUGUCAAAUAAGAGACAACAAAGGAUGUCAACGGUGCAAUGAUGGAUAUUACUUUGAAGAUAAUGAGUGUGUGGAAUGCACCAACGAUUGCAGUUCGUGUUACUCACAGACAUAUUGUACUUCAUGUGAAAGUGGGUUUUAUCUCGACUCAAAAAAUCGAUGUCAGACACUUGGUGAUUUGAGUGCAAGAUGCAGUGUCGUGCUUCCAAAAGCUGGUGGAUGUGCUAUAUGUAGAGAUGGAUAUUUUAAAGUGCUUAAAGACUGUAUUGUCUGUGACAUCUCAUGUAGUUCGUGUAUUAGCAAUACUUCGUGUUCUGUGUGUGCAGAUGGCUAUUUCAUCAUCGAGUCUGAGAGUCGCUUGUGUCAACUCAACACAACAAAUACAAAUUGUUUGAAAGUUGGGUAUUAUGGCUGUGAAGUCUGUGCCGAUGGAUAUUACUUAUCCAAUUCUCGUUGUACAAAAUGCAAUGAAACUUGCACUUUGUGUACUUUACAAGGCGCGUGUACAAAUUGUGUAUCAAAAGAUUAUGUUUUAUUAAAUUCCAAAUGUGUAUAUUACUCUGAAAUAACAAAUUGUAUUGAAGCUACGAAUUCAAAAUGUGUGACAUGCAAGGGGUAUAACAAACCAUCUGAAAGUGGUGACAGCUGUAUUCAAACAGUAAACUUGGGAGCGGCAGUUGGUAUUCCAAUAUCAAUUCUACUGGUGAUGAUAAUAAUAGUUUUAUUGAUAGUGAUUACUCUUAUUGUAAUAUUUAAGAGGAAUCAGAAGAAAGAAGAGCUGAAAGUGUGCACAUAUAAGAUGAGUCGCUCGAACAUCAAGAUGUCGACAUUAGUGGACAAUAUAGUAGUUAAUAAAUCCAAUUUGAAGUUUGACUUGGAUACCGACGAAUUUAUUCCUGUUGAUAAAGAGACAAGAGACUUGAUCUGCAUUGGAAACACUUCAAAACAUAAUAUGAAAGUCCAGUUCAGUGUGAUUGAAGGGUGUGAUUCUUACCAAAUUCGCACAUUGCCUUCCAUUGUUACACUUAAAAAAGGCGAAGCCUGUGAAUUUGAGAUAUUUAUACAACCCCUUUGUACGUGUAAAAUCGAAGAAAGUGUGAUGAUCACUUCACUUGAUAUAACAACAGGAAAUGUCGUAAACGCUAAAAUAGGAAUUGACACAACUACACAACAGACGACCAAACUCAAUUAUAAAGAACUUGAUGUGAUCACCAAACUUGGCGAAGGAUCAUUUGGCAUUGUGUAUAUGGGAAAUUACAGAGGCAAUUUUGUAGCAAUAAAAAAGAUGAAACAAAUUGCAUCACCAAACACAUUAACAACUGAAAUCACUGAUGAAAAGAAGUCAUUUCAAGAAUUUGAAAAUGAAGUGAACAUGUUGGACAAAUUCCGGAGUGAUUAUAUCGUACACUUCUAUGGCGCUGUGUUUAUACCAAACAAGGUGUGUAUGGUCACUGAAUAUGCUCAAUUUGGGUCUUUGAAUGAUGUUUUGAAACAAAAAAAGUCAACUGAAGUUGAAACAAAAAUGCGUAUUAUAAUUAUUUUAGAUGGAGCAAAGGGAAUACAAUAUCUACACGAGAAUAGCAUUUUACACAGAGACAUCAAGCCAGACAACAUUCUCAUAUUUUCAUUGGAUAAUAACGAACGUGUCAAUGCAAAGCUGACUGAUUUUGGAUCAUCUAGAAAUGUCAACAUGCUGACAACAAACAUGACAUUCACAAAAGGUAUUGGAACACCAAGUUACAUGGCUCCUGAAAUAUUAAAAAAGAACCACUACAAAAAACCGGCAGAUAUAUACUCGUUUGCUAUAACAAUGUACGAGUGCUUUGGGUGGUGCAAUGCUUAUUCGGAAAAGCAGUUCAAGUUUCCAUGGAAAAUUGCAGAGUUUGUGACAACGGGUAAACGACUUGAAAAAACGAAUUCAAUGUCCAACGAACAGUUCGAUGUGAUUCAAAAAUGUUGGUGUACAAUUCCAACUGAGAGAAUUGAAAUUGGCGAAGUUGUCACCUUGGUUAAUGGCUUGAUGAAUAAUUGA